AUGGAUGAAAGUUACGUAUGUUCAGAUCACGUAUCUGGGAAAAUGUGGUCGGAUGGAUCAAAUAAUGUUUUGCAUACGCCCGUGUCCAAAGGAGAAAGACUGAUAAUAGUUCACGCUGGAGGGGAACAGGGGUUCGUCCCAAACGCUUUGGCCAUGUGGAAGGCAGGCCAAAAAUCCGGCGACUACCACGACAACAUGAACAACAAAAAUUACAUGCAAUGGGUCAUAAAUCAACUGAUACCAAACUUAAAUCCUAACUCUGUAUUGGUUAUUGACAAUGCGAAGUACCACAACAAGCAAAUUGAUAAGGCCCCGACUUCCAAUAGUAAAAAAGAAGAAAUGACAAAGUGGCUUUCCGAGCACAACAUUUCCUACGAUCCAACAAUGCUAAAACCUCAACUUUACAAACUCAUUCUUCAACACAAACAUCGAUAUGUCAAAUAUGUCCUGGAUGACAUCUUGGAAAGGGAAGGCCACAGUGUACUGGGUCUGCCCCCGUAUCAUCCUGAUUUGAACCCAAUCGAGAUGAUAUGGGCAGAUGUAAAAAACUAUGUUGCAUCACACAACACGACCUUCAAAUUGUGCGAUGUGAAAAAGCUUUGUGAAGAAAAGUUUUCUUCGAUAUCGCAACAGGAUUGGGAAUGUAAGUGUAGGCACGUUAAAAAUGUGGAAAAUGAAUACGCCGCCAAAGAGCCAGCCAUCGAUGAAAUAACGGAAAGUUUUAUCAUUAAUGUAGACGACAGCACCAGCGACGACGAGGGAACGAGCGACUCCGAUGAAUUCAGCGAUAUGUCUGGGAUUGAGGAGUUAUGA